AUGAUUUCUAUUGUUUCAACUUCUAAAAAAACUGAUGCUGAUAAUAAUAAAAAUGAGGAUACUUUUUCAGAAGCUAAUUGGGAUGAUAUCAUCAAUAAAUGUGAAGAGCAAUUAAUUAAAGAAGAAUUUGAAGAAGAACAGAAUAAUUUAGAUAAUGCUGAUACUGAUUUCUUUAAUUCAGAAAUACAUCUUGCUAAAAAUUAA